GUUCAGCGCAAUAGUGGCCCAACCCACAAAAUUAUCAAAUUCAAGUUGUCAGCUGUAAAUAUUCCCUAUAACAUGAAAUGUAAACGUAAAAGUGGCCUAAGCAACCUUUCUCAUUCUUCCCGUAGAUGGCAGCACAAGUUUGUUAUUGCUCUACUGUUUAGUCGUUAGAAAAUGAUGGCAAUACUGGCCCAAGCCACAUGCUCGUGGGAUAGGCCAGUAUUGCAGAAGUCAUGUUGAACAGCGCUUUGUGUCUUCAAUAAUAUUGCUUCGUAUUUCAUCACAAUGUUUGAAGAUGAUUCAAUGUCUGAGCUGGAAGAAGACAUCUAUGACUCAUCCUCUUGCCAUCCAACUUCAGGUGAUGAAUCUUCUACCGAUGAUGACUGCAUGAACAAUGUUGCUGUGGAAACUAACAGAGCAUCUUCAUCCAGAGACGGACAAAACAAUGACAACUCAACAGGAGCUGGUGAAUUGAAUAAUAAUCAACCGGUUGAUGAGGUAAGAUUAGCUAAACGUGGGAAAAGAAGGUACAAAGAUGAAAGCAAAUGGAAGCGGAAUGAAAGAAAAAGACUGAGAAAUUCUGGAAAACAGUACCAUAAUGUUUCAAAAAAAUUAAUUCCUGAGAAGCAAUUCAACGAGAAUAUGGACUGUACAUGUAAAGUUGAGUGCAGCACUUUGAUUGACACAGAACAUAGGAGAAAAUUGUUCAAAUCAUUCUAUUCUAUGGGAAAUUUUGACAUGCAAACGUCAUAUAUUUGCUCUUUGAUCAAAGUAAGCCCUAAGCAACGAACUUAUACUAAGAAUGAUUCUAAUAAGAGAAAUUACACUAGAAUGUAUUACCUGCCCAACCAGAAUGGUAUAGAAAUAAAAGUUUGUAAGACUUUGUUCAAGGCAACAUUUGCCAUCUCAGACGGUCGUCUAACAAGAGCUCUAAGUGGAAAACCUCAUGGAAGUACACCUCCCAUUGAUAGGAGAGGUAAACAACCCUGUCAAUUCAAAACAAGUGAAGAGAAAAUAAAUCAGAUAAAGCAAUUCAUCUCAAAAUUCCCCACUUAUUCAUCCCAUUAUUCACGCAAUAAAAAUCCAUCUAGAAAAUAUCUUCCUCCAAAUUUGAAUCUCUCCAAAUUAUACAGCCUCUACAAAGAAGAAUGCCCCAAUCCAGUUCGUCCAUUCAUUUUCAAAAAGAUUUUCAAUAGAGAGAAUAGAAUCUUUCAUUCCAUUCACCGUUGUCAGAUACAUGCAAAAAAUGUGAUGCCUUUGAUAUCAAACUGA